AUGUCUGGCAAAGCCCCCUUCUCCCCAAACAAGCCUCGGCGACGCGGUUCCGACCCAGAGUACGACACUCAGGCGGCGUACCGUGCAGCGCUAUCGGCGCUGGUCACCGCAAAAGGGCGGCCCUUCGCGGUCGCAGGACGGGUCCCCAUGGAUCCGACCAACCUCACGUUGUUCUUCAGGUCUCAGAGCGGUAUCAGCCAUUCGCUCGAUUUUCCCAUCGAUGUCGAUGUCGAUAUGCCCCCUGCGCUCGACGUACUCAUCGCAUCAUGCAUGCCCCAUCCAUCGGCGAGUGGCUACGCCGAAAACGAAACCCUGUUCUACCCGCCCAGCCUCCCCUUGACCGCGACACUCGAGCUCGCGAACCACCCAAUCCUUGAGGCGGUGCGGAAUACCCUCUUCCCGGCGCUCCCAGUCGGGCACUACCUGACGGCGGUCCGGGAUAAGCUCGAGAUCUGGCCGAAGGGGAACGGAAUUACGGCGCAGUCGCGGCCGCUCGAUAAUCGGGUAGCCACAGUGCUCGUGACGCUUCCAGUGAAGUUCCGCGGAGGCGCCCUCGUGGUGCGGAGCCAUGACGGGAUGGAGGAGAAAUUUUACGGACGGGGCGGGAAGGGCAACGACCUCGAGUGGGCGGCGUUCCUGUCCGAGAGCGACUACGAGAUCCAGCCUGUGCGGAGCGGGUGUCGCAUGACGAUCGCGUACGCCGUUCAGGUCAAGUCGUUCGGGCCCGCUGGCAUCCAGCCGGACCCGCUUAUCAACCCGAGCGAUCAGUUCCUCGACCUGCUCUCCCCGGUGCUGAACAUGUCGCGCGGCAGGCGCAUCGCGUUCUACCUGACGGGGGAGUAUGGGGUGAACCCCGGGGAGGUGUUGGCGGAGUCGCUUGUGCCCAAUCUCAAGGGCGGUGAUUCGAUCCUCUACCACGCGCUGAAGCUCUACAAGCUCGCGCCAGAGCUCCGCUGGACUGCCGGUGGAUACGUCUGGGCCGUGGAUCAGACUGUCGAAUUUGUCAACGAGGCGGCCGAGAGCCCCACGGCGUCCGUCGCUCGCCAACCACUGUCCGUCCUCAGCGGUGCACGCUUGCCCCCAAUCCGUGGGCCCUUCAGCUCGGCGUCAGAACCUGGCGAAGACGAGGCGGACGACCUGCGGCAUCGUGUAGUCAAGAGCGGCGCGGUGCCGAUCAACGACACCGACAUUGUCCUCGUGUCCGACAUUGUGAUAUUCCCCGGGAUCGUCUCGAAGGAGCGCGUGCCCUUCGUGUCGGCACUUGGGGAGAUUGAGAAGCUGGUGGUGAACGUCCUGAUGGUGGUGUAUGUGCCGUGA